AUGUUUGAAUGGAUUCCUGGAUGGCUUUGGUGGCUGUUGACGCUUUAUGCAUGCAUACCUUUAGUCUGUUACGUGAUAUUUCCGUACCUUGCAUACGGAAACAGAAGCACGAGAAAGCGGGUCAUUAUUUGUGUUUUGGGGGAUUUGGGCCAUUCCCCGAGAAUGUGCUACCAUGCACGCAGUUUCAGCAGUUCAGGUUGGCAAGUGGAAUUGUGCGGACUAGUUGAAGAGAUGCCACCGGCUGACAUAAUCGAUGAUCCCAGAAUCACGAUCCAUCAAUUGAGAACGUGGAUUCCGGAUGGGAAGCCACGAACUUUUGCUGUCGUUGCCAUGUUGAAAGUAAUAUCUCAGAUCGGUUCGAUUUUGAAGACUUUGUGGGAACUGCGUGGAAGUGACUAUAUGGUGGUUCAAAACCCACCAAGUAUACCAAUUUUACCUAUUGCUGCAGUUUACAGCCUCGUUUCGGGCUGUAAGCUGAUAGUAGACUGGCACAAUUUAGGAUACACGAUAUUGGAGUUGAAACUGGGUUCCAGUUGGCACCCGCUUGUCGUCAUAGUUUUCCUCGUCGAAUGGUUUUUCGCCAAAUGGGCACAUGCUCACCUCACGGUCACAAAGGCGAUGGAAAAGUUUCUGGUCGGGAAAUUUGGAGUUUCUAAAAAACGUAUAGCAGUUCUUUGUGAUCGUCCGGCAAGACAAUUCAGACCUCUGGAGAAGCCACGAGCUGUCGCUCUACAACAACCUUUCGUCCACAAAUAUUUGCCCAAGGGAUUUGAUGCCAGCUCGGGUGAUCAAAUAAUUGUGACAUCUACUUCAUUUACUCCAGAUGAGGAUCUCUCUGUUCUCAUCGGGGCUCUCAAAAUUUACGAGAACUCUUAUAAAAAGUUCGAUGCCAGUUUACCUCGCAUUCUUUGCUUUAUUACAGGUAAGGGGCCUUUGAAAUCGAAGUACGAGCAUGCUGUAAAGCGAGAGAAAUGGGAUCGAGUGACCAUUGAGUUUGUGUGGCUCACCACUGAGGAUUAUCCAAAACUUUUGCAGCUGUGUGACUUUGGCGUAUCGCUUCACACCUCCAGUUCCGGGCUCGAUCUACCUAUGAAAAUCUUAGAUAUGUUUGGAUCGGCCAUCCCGGUGGUUGCUUAUAAUUAUCCGGUCUUGGAUGAAUUGGUGGCCCAUAAUAGGAAUGGAUUAAAAUUUAUGGAUAGAAGAGAAUUGCAUGAAGCUCUCAUUUUUAUGGUCAAAGAUAAAAAUGUGAGGGAAGUUUUGAAGGAUGGAGCUAGAAAGGAAUCUGCCAAUAGGUGGGAACAGUCUUGGGAGACUGCUAUGCAUAGACUUAAAGUGGUUUCAAAUUAA